CUUCUCUGCCUAUUUGGCGCCUGCGCAGAACGCUGCUGCAGGGACUUGCGGAAUAAUGAUCCUCUGCAUCUGCGCAGGGGGAAUUAGGGAAGGGAGACAUGCUGCCAAAUAGUGAGCCGUAGCUGCUGGUAUUCUCACAGGGGGCUGGCUGCAGAAAGUGAGGGGCAGGAGUCCUGGGGGAGGGGCAUUAUCCCCACCCACUACACCUGUUUGGGCCAGGGUGCCGUGGACUCUCGACCCCAGUGUACAACAAAGCUAAUUGCAUCCAUAGGAGUCACUGACUGAGGCCAAGAGGAAAGAGAAGAUGGAGAAACACUGAUUGCGUAGCAAAUGCCUGGAAAAGACUUGGGAGCUCAUUUUUACUCUGUGUACAAGAGCCAAAGGGAUGUUGCAUACCAACCAAUAAAUGAGAAAUGCCUUUUCCCUAUUAAAGACCUGAACCAUAGAAACACUGUCACUCUGACCAGGACAUCUUUAUUCUGAUUGAAGGAAGCCUGAAUGUUGCUUUAAUGGGUGAAGACCUAGUAUAAUUUUCUUUCACUGAAUUGUGAAUCCUGUUUAAUCUUCAAACUGGCGAUGUCAAGGGUGCCGAGUCCUCCUCCUCCGGCAGAAAUGUCGAGUGGACCUGUAGCAGAGAGCUGGUGUUACACUCAGAUUAAGGUGGUGAAAUUUUCCUAUAUGUGGACCAUAAAUAACUUCAGCUUCUGCCGGGAGGAAAUGGGUGAGGUCAUCAAAAGUUCAACCUUUUCAUCAGGAGCUAAUGAUAAACUGAAAUGGUGUUUGCGUGUCAACCCUAAAGGCUUGGAUGAAGAAAGUAAAGAUUAUCUGUCCCUCUAUCUUUUGUUGGUCAGUUGUCCAAAGAGUGAGGUUCGAGCAAAGUUCAAGUUUUCCAUCCUGAAUGCUAAAGGAGAGGAAACAAAAGCAAUGGAGAGCCAGCGAGCAUAUAGAUUUGUACAAGGCAAGGACUGGGGAUUCAAGAAAUUCAUUAGAAGGGACUUUCUUUUGGAUGAGGCCAACGGACUUCUUCCAGAUGACAAACUCACUCUCUUCUGUGAGGUGAGUGUGGUACAGGACUCUGUCAAUAUCUCCGGCCAGAACACCAUGAACAUGGUGAAGGUACCUGAAUGCCGCUUGGCAGAUGAGUUGGGAGGACUCUGGGAGAAUUCUCGCUUCACAGACUGCUGUCUGUGUGUUGCAGGCCAGGAGUUCCAGGCUCACAAAGCCAUAUUGGCAGCACGUUCUCCAGUUUUCAGCGCAAUGUUUGAACAUGAGAUGGAAGAGAGUAAAAAGAAUCGGGUUGAAAUCAAUGAUGUGGAACCUGAAGUUUUUAAGGAAAUGAUGUGCUUUAUUUACACGGGGAAGGCACCAAACCUCGACAAAAUGGCUGACGAUUUGCUAGCAGCUGCGGACAAGUACGCGCUGGAACGUUUGAAGGUGAUGUGUGAGGAUGCACUGUGCAGUAAUCUGUCUGUGGAAAAUGCAGCUGAGAUUCUCAUCCUAGCUGAUCUGCACAGUGCUGAUCAACUAAAAACUCAAGCAGUGGACUUCAUUAACUAUCAUGCUUCUGAUGUCAUGGAGACCUCAGGCUGGAAGUCGAUGGUGGUAUCGCACCCUCAUUUGGUGGCUGAGGCAUAUCGCUCUUUGGCCUCUGCACAGUGUCCUUUCCUGGGACCUCCACGUAAGCGGCUGAAGCAAUCCUAAGACCCUGUCCAUCACACAACCCCAUGUUUUUCUGGAAGCGGCAGCAGCUGUUGCUGCUCUGACCUUGACCACCAGGUAGACAGCGAAAUCUGUGGAGCUUUUACUCUGUUGUUGGGGGAAAGACUGCUUCGUGACACCCAGACUUUUAAAAACAGCACCAAGUAACUUGGGGGAAGGGGGGAGGGUGGGCCUGGGGCUCGGGGGCUGUUCAACCUAACGAAUCCCUGUCGCUGCAUCGUCUGUGUGUUCCCUUCGACUUGGCUGAGUCAACCACAGGGUUCGGUUUAGGCACCGGCCCAGUCAGAAUAUCCCAGUGGUGGUACUGGGGGAAAAAUAACGUCUCUGCGUCUGACAGCACAGAACAAAUCGUCAGAUGCCUGGAGCAAAAGAGGACAUUUUAGUUUCUGGAGAGAGUUGGGGUCAAAACAAUUUCCAGUAAGGUUCUGGAAAGAAAAUGUGUGAUGGGAGCUCCAGUAGUAUUUAUAUCAAAAGAGAGAAUUUAAGUCCUUCCAGCUGUGCUAAAAACUGGACAUUUGUGUAACUCCUUAUUGCCAUCCAGCAACAAGAAGAUCAGUUUCUUUGUUAGUAGCACUUGUAUGUUAAUUGCAAAAAAAAAAAGAGAAAAAAAAGAAGAGGAAAUCUUUUACAAAAUGACAUGUUGAAGUGAAAAUGGACAGUAAAAAGCUGCGUGCUUUGGAGGGUGUGAAUAGACUGAAGGCAGCCUUUGCAAGUCUACACUGACUUUGAAGGACUAGAGAAUCCUUGACCUGGAGCGUGCUGUCUGGCGAGAACAAUGGUUACCUGUUUUUAGAUAUUGUGGGAAAUGUUUUUGGCAUUUUUCCCUGCUUUAUUUCCCUCCCUCAUCCCCCUUUUUUUAAACAAGGAGAAAUUUUAUUGUUCAUGAACACUGCGUCAAAGGUCCCUGUCCUGAGUUGCUAAAUGAUUCUUACCAACUGUUUGUACCUGACUUGCUGACUGUGUAGGAGCCAGUCCUGUUCCUUUCUAUUAGUCACUCUUCUUACAGGGAAGAAGUUCCAAAAUAGCUGGUAAUUUUUUUUCUUUUUGAAAAUAUAAAUAAUUACUAUUUUGUA